GAUAUACCCAACGACCUUAAUCUCUCGUAUAUUAUUUGACAUUUCAAUAUUUGUUUAUCAGGAGCGCUCAAACGCUAAUCCUUUGUUGCAUAUAGAUAGAUUAGAUUUAUAUUUGAUAUUUCCGCCCAUAAAGGUGUUUUGACCUCAUUUCUUCUAGGUCACAGCUUUCAAUUUUUCUUUCUGUUUGUUAGACAAAACUGUUCCCAUCAUAAAUACUUUUUGUUUUGGUUUGAAACCGGCCAUUGUGCAGGAAUUUUAAGACCGUUUGGUUUCAUUCAUUGGGUAAUUAAUCAUCCUGUAUUUCUUUCAGAAAAUUUGCAUCUGUUCGAAAAGUGAGAGAGGGGAAUUGGUAGUUGGGAAUUUGGUUUCAGUUCACAAGAAAAUAUAGGUUUUGUCACGAGAAGGGUUCAUGCGAAAGUUGAGUUUCAGCUGCUUGAUUGAAUGAACGGCAAACCAUUUUGUUCCCUGGUGAUUUGAAGCUGUUUUCUAGAGAGAGAGAGUGAGAGAGAGAGAGAGAGAGAGAGAGUCAUCUGUGUUCUUGUUUAUUCAAUUGAUGUUCUUGCUUGCUGUGUUCUUGAAAUGAAUCCUUCUGGAGCAGCAGUUGAAUUUUCGAAAGACAAGAAUGGAAUCGAUCAAGUUCAUCUUCACAACCCUCGCGGUGCUUCCGUUAGGGUGAGCUUGCACGGAGGCCAGGUUCUUUCCUGGAAAACUGAACGCGGCGAGGAAUUGUUAUUCACUAGUAGCAAGGCGAUUUUUAAGCCGCCAAAAGCAGUCCGAGGAGGAAUUCCAAUCUGUUUUCCGCAGGUUGGGACCGGAUCAUUGGACCAAAAUGGGUUUGCCAGGAACAGAAUUUGGGCCAUCGACAAUGAUCCUCCACCACUACAUCCAAAUGAUUCGAAUGGAAAAGCCUACAUCGACUUGCUGCUCAAACCAUCCGACGAUGAUCUAAAGAUUUGGCCACAUAGUUUUGAGUUUCGCCUUAGGGUGUCGCUUGCAGCAGAAGGGCAUCUAACGCUUAUAUCGCGCAUCAGAAACAUCAACAGCAAGCCUUUCAGUUUUUCAUUCGCUUUUCAUACGUAUUUCUCCAUUUCGGAUAUCAGUGAAGUGAGGGUUGAGGGAUUGGAGACUCUAGACUACCUAGACAACCUAUGUCAAAAGGAGCGGUUUACAGAACAAGGCGACGCCUUAACAUUCGAAUCUGAGGUGGACCGUGCUUACCUUAAGUCUUCGGAUGUGAUAGCUGUUUUCGAUCAUGAAAAGAAGAGGACAUUCACCGUGCGAAAGGAGGGACUUCCAGAUGUUGUUGUAUGGAAUCCGUGGGAGAAGUCCAAAGCGAUGGCGGAUCUUGGAGACGAAGAGUACAAACAGAUGCUUUGUGUUAAUGGAGCAUCAAUCGAAAAACCGAUCACCUUGAAGCCCGGCGAGGAAUGGACGGGUCGAUUGGAGCUCUCUGUUGUCCCUUCCAGUUAAAUCAAGAGGCUGCCAAUGACUUGCAGGCGAAGAAAUAAACCUAAAGUAUCACUUAGGGUCGAAAAAUUCGACAAUGUUUGCAAUAAAAAAUCAGUAAGAGCAUGAUCAAUACCUUUAAUUUUGGUUCAUGUUUCUUAAUCGAUUUCGUUUCGACGGAGGCGGAGAUAUAUUUUUGCUUCUCCCCAUUGUAGCUGUAACCUGUAAAUGUAUAUGGUUCGUCUCAAUUUAGUUGUGGAAAUUGUAAUUUGUACACCGCAUGCAAUAGAUUGCAGAGACUCAAAAAUAUGAGAAAGUUAAUCAUGUUUUUUGGUGGAAUAUAAUGUCAAGUUUCUUGAGCA